AUGUUGAGUUUAUUAGAUGGCAGACAUGACUUCCCUUUUCCAAAAGACAGAGAUAAAGGUAUUAAAAUUAUGGAUACUUUUGUUGGCUCUGUAAUGCAUGAUGAUAAGUAGGUUAAUAAUAUUAUUGUGUAAAGCAAAAGUUUUCAGAAAUAAAAAACCCCUAUGUCAGAGCAUUCAGGGGUAAUAAGGGGAGAGACUGCAAUCAGGUUAGUACAAAAUAAAAUGAGUAGAACAGAGUAGGGUUAAACCUGAAAAAAUAAACGCAACAAAACAGCGAACGUGUCGGCAGAAAGCCUUCGUCAGCGAACAAAAUAACAGAAAAAACGGUAUAAAAAUAAAAAUAAGAAAUAGCACUUAGCUGGUAAGUAGUGUCUGUGGGCAGCAAUAGAAGUGUGGCAGAAGGAAAAUGAGAGUUUAAAUAAGCAGCGGUGAAAAAAUGGGGGGAGAAAAAUGUUCACUGUGAUAGGUCAGAACGUGGAGGGGCGGAGCUAGGGUCAAGCUGUGAACAGAGACAUAACAUUAACCUGACUGAUAAUUUGUGAAACAUUUUUAAAUCUAUAGUGAUCAAACAAUGUCUCUCCUCUCCUGUAAGGUUAUUCUAAAGAUGCCAUGAAGCAAGUCCUGCAGUUCCAACACGCUGACCGCUAUGAAAAGGCUCCUGAAACCAUAGCCAUUGUCAAUGCUAAAUAUCAGUUAGUCUUGUUGUUCAUGUCUGUUUCUGAAUAACUUAAUUGACUCUGUUAAAACUAGAUUUAUCCAAAAGUUAAUGUAUCUUUUUCACUGUUUAAGGCUGCACAUUUGUUUGCAUAAUUUCAAAGCACUAAAGUUUCAGAACCUUUUCAUUUGAUGUUUUUCUUUUUUGUGAAAAGAACAAGCUUUGACGUGAGGGUUGUAAAACUUACACUGACAAUAGCAAAAUGAAAGGAAUUAUAUAUAAACAUGAAAUUAUGCUGUGGAAAAGCUAAUGGCUUCACCACUUUCUAAAUGAUAUCAGCAAACUUAACUGGCCAAAUACCAGCCAAGUGAUCUCAAAUUUCAGUGUCAUUUUUGCUAAAUUUAAGGAGAAAUCUUUAAUUGAUAAAAUAAACUUUAGGCUUUACAAAGGAAGUUAUCCACAACCUCAAUAAGGCCAAUACCAUAUGGCUUAAUACCCUUUGUAGCGUAAAAGCUUUGGAGGGAGGAAAUUCUAUAAGAAUGUACAAUUUUUAUAAAAAGCUCAAAUUACUAUUCCUGUGUGAAAAUAUCUGGCCAUGUCUUCCAGAGCUCUAGAAGUUCUCGACCUACUUCUCACGUACCAGAGGAACUCCAGACUUCAGGUAUUUAUAUAAUUCAUAACAAUAAAUUUCACAUUUAUAAAUUGCAACUUUAUAAAACCUAUUUUGUUUGGGCUUUUUACGUAAAAAAGAGAAAAAACUCUUCUGUUGUGACUGUAUAAAUGACACUGACAAAAAUAAAAGGAAAGGUGCAUGUGAAAUCAAUUAUGGGAUAGUAAAGGAAAUGGAGUAAAAAAAUGAAACUAAAUCCCAUUGAUGCCACCAACCAUCUGAGAAAAUUCUCAUCACAUUUGUAAUGCUCUUUAUUAUUUAAUCCUCCAUCUCAGAGCUUUGUUGGAAAGUUCAAGGUCGCUGAGUUGUCUGUUGCCUUACGGAAACAGGCCAGUGUUUUGAGCCCACUUCUCUAUGACACAUUCAACCCACAUGACCAGUCCAAGUGA